CGUCGCGUCGUCCGUCCUCUUCUCCGCCACCCCAGCCAGACAACCAACCACGCGCCGCAUCAUACGAGACAUCACGAAACCACCGCCAUGAACGGCCACUUCGCCGCCGUCGACAACGGCAACGGGUCGUCGCCCGACAGCAACGCCCACAACUUUGAACACGGUAUCCAGGUCAUCAACGAGGACAAGCAAUACAACACCAACCUCAAUGAGUACCUCAACGAGACACACGUUGCCGAGGCCGGCUUCAACUACCACCUCAUCUCCGUCUUCGGCUCCCAGUCCACUGGCAAGUCAACCCUCCUGAACCACCUGUUCGGCACCCAGUUCAGCGUCAUGUCCGAGCGAGAGCGUCGCCAGACUACAAAGGGCAUCUGGAUGUCCAAGAACAAGAACGAGGGAAAGAUGGCCGACAACAUCCUGGUCAUGGACGUCGAAGGCACCGAUGGUCGCGAGCGUGGCGAGGACCAGGAUUUUGAGCGCAAGAGUGCCCUCUUCGCCCUUGCUACGAGUGAGGUCUUGAUCGUCAACAUCUGGGAACACCAGGUUGGUCUGUACCAGGGCGCAAACAUGGGCCUGCUCAAGACUGUUUUUGAGGUCAAUAUGCAGUUGUUCUUGAAGGAUAAGCAAAACCAAACCCGCUCCCUCCUCUUCUUCGUUAUCCGCGACCAUAUCGGCGUCACCCCUCUCGCAAACUUGCGCAACACCUUGAUCCAGGAUCUGACCCACAUCUGGUCCUCCAUCUCCAAGCCCGCCGGCCUCGAGAACUCCAAGAUCGAGGACUACUUCGACUUUGCCUUUGCCGCCCUCCCGCACAAAAUCCUGCAACCCGAUAAGUUCAUCUCCGAGGUUCAGAAACUCGGCUCCCGCUUUAUUGCCGGCCACCGCAACAAGGACUCAGAUGCCACCGACGACCAAGAACUCACCGGUGGCGUCUUCCUCCCCGAAUACCAUCGCCGUAUCCCUGCCGACGGCCUCUCCAUCUACGCCGAGGGCAUCUGGGACCAGAUCGUCUCCAACAAGGAUCUCGACUUGCCCACGCAACAAGAACUUCUCGCGCAGUUCCGCUGUGACGAGAUUGCGCGCGAGGUGCAAAUCGCCUUUGACGCCGCCAUUGCUCCCCUCGAAGAACAACAGGCCGAGUCCACCCGCGCCGGCAAGCCCGCCGUCCUUCCCGAUCUCGGUCAAAUCGGCGCCGAGGCCCGUGAGAAGUGCGUCAAGAACUUUGAGACUCAGGCCUCCCGCUACCACAAGGGCGUGUACACCACGAAGCGCGCCGAGCUCGAAGACAAAAUCGACAACCGCCUCAAGGCUCUUUACCAAGCCCAUCUCACCGCCGCUCACAAGGCGGGCGUGACUGCCUUCUCCGAUGCCGUCACCAACGCUGUCAAGGCAGGGCAAAAGGCGGGCGGUGCUUACGAGUUCGCCGAGAUUGUCGAGAAGCAAAAGACCAAGACUCUUGAAAUUUUCAAGAAGGAGGCGCAGUCCCUCGCCAUCCCCGGAGUGGCCUGGUCCAACUUCAAGCCACAGUACCUCAUCUUUGAAAAGGAGCUCGACGAAGUCUCUGCGCGCUUGCGCAAGGAGGAGAUGCGCCGCUUGGCGAUUCGUGUAGAGCGGUGGGUCAAGUCCCGCCUAGGCGACGCGAUUGGGCUGGAAUUCAACAAGCUCGGGUCCGGUCGUGGUGGGUCUGGUGCUCCGGAGUCUGGUGAGAAACCCGCUACCGAGAAGGACAUUUGGGAUCGUGUAUGGAAGGCCUUUAUCAGCAUUGUGGGUGAAGCCGAGAGCAGGUUUACCGAUCGCGCCAAGAGCUUCGAAGCUAGCGACGAUGAAGUCCAAGUCGGCCUCUGGCGCCUCCGCCGCAAGUCGUGGGUCGCGCUGCGCGAGAAGAUCGAAGAAGAAGUAAUGGAGUCCAACAUUCUCAUGAAGCUUCGCGAAAACUUCGAAGACAAGUUCCGCUACGACGAAGAUGGAGUGCCACGCAUUUGGCGGCCGUCGGAUGACAUUGAAGGGAUUUACACGCGCGCGCGCGAGUCGACGCUCGGUCUCGUCCCGCUGCUAUCCCGCUUCCGCCUGACAUCCACCAGUGCCCCUCCGGAUUUGAUCGAGUUUGUCGGUCCCCAACCGCACGGCGUCGAGCCAGGUGAUGAAGAGGACCUGACGCCGAUUGGUGGCGUUGACGAGGACGAGGGUAAGUCCCUCGAGGAGGAGACGACGAUUUUGAGCGAGCCCAAGAAGCAGGAUUUGGUGGUGAGGUUUAAGAAGAUGGCAGAUGGAGUGUAUGUUGAAGCCAAGAGGAGCGCGAUUGGCGGGAUCACGCAGGUGCCGCUCUACUUUUAUGCUGUGUUGUUGGUGCUGGGUUGGAACGAGUUCGUUAUGGUCCUCCGUAACCCGAUCCUCUUUCUCCUCCUCCUGCUUAUCAGCGGCGGCACCUACGUCGCCUACAGCCUCAACCUCCUUGGGCCAAUGAUGCAGAUGGCCAAUGCCGCUUCCAGACAAGGCAUGGAGAUCGGCAAGGCCAAGUUGAGGGACUUUUUGGAGAACCACGAGGGAGCCAGGGGGGCUUUGGGGAUGCCUCCAAAGAACGCCCAGAGAGUUGAGAGUGGAAUCAGUAUGGAUACGCUGGAUAGCAACGGCAAGAGGAAGGAGACAGGGCUGGGGGCUGAGGAUGACAUCUAGGUGAUAUCGGAGAGGUAAAUCCUGUUCGGAAGGAAACAAGUGGGGAGAAAAAGGAGUUGAGUGUACCGAGUUACAGCCAGCAAGCGGAUGAUCACCUGUUGUGGGAGUGUUAGUGCCUGGGUGGGUUGGUAUGGUAUAGAAAGCUAUAAAGUCACUUUAUGUUGUUGUUUACCUAGAUAUAGGAGUUGCCAUCCUUUUUUGGUAUAUCAUUUGGGUUCAUUUAACGUCUAGUCUACACGUCCCUCACAUCUCCAGUUUCGAGACUGAGCUUCCGGCCUUCCCAGCUUGUGACUGAACAUGCCAGUUGGUGCCCUCAGGAGAGCCUGGC